CCUGGCAACCGAUCUCGCUCGCCUUGCCUCCUGCCCAUUCAUCAGCCGCUCCUUGCCCCCUGGCGCUCCUUCUUUAUUCAGAUCCGCCGAGGGGAGCGCCGGGGCAGAGGCGAAAGGGUGGUCGUCGUCGUCGCUCUUUGCGCGCGCUCUCCCCGCCUGUCUCUCUCAGCGAAUCCAGAUGUGCCAGCUGCGGAGCCCAAGUCCUCCUCGGGAAGGGAGUCUCGGUUAAAGCUGCUCUCCUCCACCCACCCCAACGGCAGAGAAAGUGUGGGGGGUGAAAGGCAAGAGAGAGACAGAGAGAGAGAGAGACCGGGUGGUGGUGGUGGGGAAUCCACACAAUCCCAAAGGAGGAGAAAGAAAAGGGGCUCGGGAGCUACAGGAGCGCGCGGAGAGGAAGCACCUCGGAAGAGAGCAAAGGUGGUGAUCCCAGGUGUGUGGCAGGAGCCUCUCUCCGCAACUUCCCUGUUUAAAAGAGGGACACACGAUCACCUUUGUCUGCCUUCCGAGAUCAGCCUAGCUCUCUACCGUUUCAAAACCAAAACCAACUCUAAACCAAAACGGUUUUGGGUUGGAGGGAGGGUUUUAGGGGGGGAGUGGGGGAAAAGCCCACAGGAAUGGAGGUAGCCACGGACCAGCCGCGCUGGAUGGCCCAUCACGCCGUACUGAACGGGCAGCACCCGGAGAGCCAUCACCCGGGACUGGCUCAUAACUAUAUGGAACCAGCGCAGCUCCUACCUCCGGACGAAGUGGAUGUCUUCUUCAAUCAUCUGGACUCCCAAGGCAACCCGUACUAUGCCAACUCGGCCCAUGCCAGAGCCAGAGUUUCCUACAGCCAGGCGCACGCCCGCCUCACCGGGAGCCAAAUGUGCCGGCCUCACUUGCUCCACAGCCCCGGCCUGCCCUGGCUGGACAGCAGCAAAGCGGCUCUGUCGGCGGCGCACCAUCACAACCCGUGGACGGUGAACCCUUUCACCAAGGGGCCCUUGCACCCUUCGGCGGCCGGCGCGCCGCCCGGCGCCAUCUCGGUGUACCCCGGCGGCGGCAGCUCGGCGUCGAGCGCGGCCUCCGCCUCGUCGCUCACGCCGGCCUCGCACUCGGGCUCGCACCUCUUCGGCUUCCCGCCCACGCCGCCCAAGGAAGUCUCCCCGGACCCCAACGCCGGCAGCAGCGCCGCCUCGCCCGCCUCGGCCUCGGCUGGCCGGCAAGACGACAAGGAGCCGCUCAAGUACCAGGUGUCCCUGGCCGACGGCAUGAAGAUGGAGAGCGCCAGCCCGCUGCGCAGCAGCCUCGCCGCCUCCAUGGGCGCGCAGCCCUCCACGCACCACCCCAUCCCCACCUACCCUUCCUACGUGCCCGCCGCCCACGACUACGGCGGCAGCCUCUUCCACCCGGGGAGCUUCCUCGGGGGGCCCGCCUCCAGCUUCACCCCCAAGCAGAGGAGCAAAGCCCGGUCCUGCUCAGAAAGAAAUCCGGUUUCUUCGUGUUUCCAUUUAGAAGGCAGAGAGUGUGUCAACUGUGGAGCUACUGCCACCCCUCUCUGGAGAAGAGACGGUACUGGGCAUUACCUGUGUAACGCCUGUGGGCUCUACCACAAAAUGAACGGUCAAAACCGACCUCUCAUUAAACCUAAACGGAGACUGUCAGCAGCUAGGAGAGCAGGAACUUGUUGUGCCAACUGCCAAACAACCACCACCACCUUAUGGCGACGUAAUGCGAAUGGGGACCCAGUGUGCAAUGCCUGUGGACUGUACUAUAAAUUGCACAAUGUGAACAGGCCUCUGACUAUGAAGAAGGAAGGAAUUCAGACCAGAAAUAGGAAAAUGUCUAACAAGUCAAAGAAGAGCAAGAAAGGCUCUGAAUGCUUUGAGGAACUUUCCAAAUGCAUGCAGGAGAAAUCUUCUCCAUUCAGUGCUGCUGCCCUUGCCAGUCACAUGACACCGAUGGGGCAUUUGCCACCUUUCAGCCACUCUGGACAUAUCCUGCCAACGCCUACCCCCAUUCACCCAUCUUCCAGCAUCUCAUUUGGACAUCCACAUCCAUCCAGCAUGGUCACAGCCAUGGGAUAGAAUCUGAAGAUCCUAACAGAGAACUUGAAAACACUGGGCUUUGCCCAUAAGACAACAGCGAGGGAAAAAAAUCUGCCCAGAGGAGAGAAUAUAGGGAAGGAAGAGGAACGAAAGGGGAUCUCAUUCCAGUGUGGUUCGACUCCUAGCGCUAGACUAAAACUUUGCAGUGAUGGGUCUUCUGCAGAAAUGCUUAAUGGUGCCUGUUAUGCACUUUGCCCCCUCAGGUAAAUGGAGAAAGAGGAACUCACCUGUCUGAAAUGAUACCUUCUGGUCCCAGCAGAAAGAAAAGGUGGCUGAAGCAGUCGAAGAAGCUGGAGCCAGCUUUCCUUUCUCUUUGUUAAUUACUGUGAAUAUUGUAAAGAGAUUAGCAGCCUCCCAAGGCAAGAGGAAGCUCAGUGGUAGCCGCCCAUGCUGGAUUUCUAUCACAGACUUUGUGUUCAGGGGAGGAAAAAUGGACAACUUUAUAAAAAAAAAUCUACUUUUUAAGAAAAGAAAUCAGAUACAGGAAAAAAAUCAUUAUUUAUUUUGCUCUUGUGUUCCAGAAAGAGCUUCAAAACUCUUGCAUGUUCUUGUGGAUCUUAUUUUAUUUUUUUAUUUUGUUUAAAGAAACGUCCACCCAGGUAAAGUUUUUUU